CGGGCACACAACACAAAUGUCGCGUUUUUUAGAAAAGCAAAAGCUUAUAAUAUUGUAUUUAUUCUAUACAAAGACUGGGUGCUAGAUUUUUAUUGUGCUUGUUUUAUUUAUAUUUUUAAAUAGUUAAUGUUUUUGUGUGAGUUUAUAUCUGCAACUUUGGAAUAACGGAUAUUGAUAGAUUUAUAAAUAUUAUCUGUAACAUGGAUAAUAUUAAUUCUUUACACGAAUCUCAAGAAUUAAAUGAAAGUCUUAAUACGCAAUGUUCCUAUAGUAUCAGUGGUCUGUUGAAUAGCCUCACUGAAGAAACUGAUGAACAUACCACUGAAGAUGUGGAAAAAUAUGAUUAUCCUGAUCCAUUGAAAGACUUCCAAAAUGAACGUGAAAGUGAGAGUCCGAAUAGUUCAAGUUCCAAACGCAAACAAAGAAGGUACAGGACGACUUUUUCAAACUACCAAUUGGAAGAGCUAGAGCGAGCCUUCCACAAAACUCACUAUCCCGAUGUAUUUUUCCGGGAAGAACUGGCACUCAGGAUAGAUUUGACGGAGGCCAGAGUGCAGGUGUGGUUCCAAAACAGGCGAGCCAAAUGGAGAAAGCAGGAAAAAUAUAUGAAUAAAACAUUGGGACAGAUGCAGAACCAUAAUGGGGGAGCGGGCAUGUCGAUGCAUUUAUCAGGUUGCCAACCACCAAUGGAAUCUCCCAUGCUCAAUUUUCAACCAACCGAAAACGUAAACUCUCCAAAUCUCUUCAUGGGCCUAGAAUGGUCCAACAUGGUCCAACCAAUAACAUUUUCAAAUAUCAAUUCUACAGAUCUACCUUGCGUUGAUCCACAUCAACUCAUAGAAACACAUGAAAAUAAUAUGAGUGAUCAAAACCCUUGCCAGAUUGACAUAUCGUUGGCCGAUCGUCUGAGUAAUCCCGACAUUCUGGAUAAAUGUUCCUUAGAAAACGGUACAAUAACAAUUUCCAUGGAAAAUCUCCUGGAAAAUAAUAGUUCUCAAAAAAAUGUCCAGAAUAACGGCAGAACCUCAGAUGCCCAUCAAGUUUUGGAAAGCUGUGCAUUGGACAACAUAGAAAACUGUCCGAUAGAAAAACGAUUAAUUUCCAUAGACGAUGCCAUGGACGACUCAAUGGAAACGACUAGAAAUGUGCUGCUUUCUGAAAUGGAAGAGGGUUGUAUGACGUUGGGAAUUUCGGGAUGUAGUCGGGACGAUGACGAUAUUUCGAUAGAUUCGGAUUUGUUAACACUGAAACCUAGGAUUCGGGAUGAGGAAUGUUGUGAAAGUGACGUGGAAUAAGAAUGUUAAAUUUUUUUUAAAUUUGUGAAAAUUUUAAUGCGAAAUAAAUAUUAAAUAAUAUGAAUAUGGAAGAGUUUCGUUGAAAAUUACUGCAAUUUUUACAAAACUAUGACUCAGUAACCAAUUUAGAUUGGUGUUUGUUUUACUAUUUUCAAUACCUAAUAUGUAAUUAUUAUGUAAGUUCUGAAUAAAUAUUUCG